AUGCCUGGGGGUGCGGGAAGAAGUAGUAGUGGCAGAAGUAGUGACAGUGGUAGAGGGAUUGAUAAUGGCAAUAGUAGUGGCAGAAGUAGUGACAAUGGUAGAGGGAUUGAUAAUGGCAGAAGUAGUGACAAUGGUAGAGGGAUUGAUAAUGGCAGUAGUAGUGGCAGAAGUAGUGACAAUGGUAGAGGGAUUGAUAAUGGCAAUAGUAGUGGCAGAAGUAGUGACAAUGGUAGAGGGAUUGAUAAUGGCAGAAGUAGUGACAAUGGUAGAGGGAUUGAUAAUGGCAGUAGUAGUGGCAGAAGUAGUGACAAUGGUAGAGGGAUUGACAAUGGCAGAAGGAGUGACAAUGGUAGAGGGGUUGAUAAUGGCAGUAGUAGUGGCAGAAGUAGUGACAAUGGUAGAGGGAUUGAUAAUGGCAGUAGUAGUGGCAGAAGUAGUGACAAUGGUAGAGGGAUUGAUAAUGGCAGAAGUAGUGACAAUGGUAGAGGGAUUGAUAAUGGCAGUAGUAGUGGCAGAAGUAGUGACAAUGGUAGAGGGAUUGAUAAUGGCAAUAGUAGUGGCAGAAGUAGUGAGAAUGGUAGAGGGAUUGAUAAUGGCAGAAGUAGUGACAAUGGUAGAGGGGUUGAUAAUGGCAGUAGUAGUGGCAGACGUAGUGACAAUGGUAGAGGGAUUGAUAAUGGCAAUAGUAGUGGCAGAAGUAGUGACAAUGGUACAGGGAUUGAUAAUGGCAGUAGUAGUGGCAGAAGUAGUGACAAUGGUAGAGGGAUUGAUAAUGGCAGAACUAGUGACAAUGGUAGAGGGGUUGAUAAUGGCAGAAGUGGUGACAAUGGUAGAGGGGUUGAUAAUGGCAGUAGUAGUGGCAGAAGUAGUGACAAUGGUAGAGGGAUUGAUAAUGGCAAUAGUCGUGGCAGAAGUAGUGACAAUGGUAGAGGGAUUGAUAAUGGCAAUAGUAGUGGCAGAAGUAGUGACAAUGGUAGAGGGAUUGAUAAUGGCAGAAGUAGUGGCAGAAGUAGUGACAAUGGUAGAGGGAUUGAUAAUGGCAGUAGUAGUGGCCGAAGUAGUGACAAUGUUAACACGGCGCUUGCUAUUCAAAGAGCAGCACCUCAGUACCAGAGAUUGGGCAACCCGUGAGUGUUACCCCAUCGUAGAAAGGGUUUAGCUGAAAUAUGAGGCGCUGUAUUAGCAGCCAGCACAUUUAGCUUGGCCAACACACAAUAGGAGUAACCCAAUCACCACCGGUGCCCUGUCACCACUCCACCAUAUGGUGCCUAUUGAGUUCCCCUGAAAUAUUCAGGAGAGCUCAGUCCGUUCCCCCUGACACAGAUCGAUCUGAGCUGGGCGGUGUUGGGAGUCAGGUUACUGUGGUUAGGGCUUAUGGUAAGAGGUGUGGCAGGAGUUUGAACGGGGAAUGGGAAGGGAGUAGUACGGGGAUUUAUGUAACUCUCCCUCCCUCUCUCACUCUUCUCUCUGAGAGGUCAUGACUCAUGUCUGAUCCAUCUUCAUUGUAAACGUUGGGAGCUAUCAAGCUACAGUUAUUAACUAACUGAAUACUAAACUUCUCUCACUCUUUCUCUCCCUACACCAA